UUUUGCGCUGUGUUAAAGGAUAAAACAAUUUGAAAAGAAAGGAGAAAAUAAUCUUUUGCAAUUCGCACAUACAAGCUGACUUUCUAAGUGCGAUCUGGAAGUAUAAAAGCAACCUGUUGAGACCAUCAUAAGCACAGUUGCAAAACAUUCUCUUCUCCGACUAGUAUCAACAAUUUAACAGAAUGAUUGUGAAUACCUUCAAAUGUAUUGUGUUGUUAGGUCUGAUGCUAAACCAACAUGGAACUGAAGCACAACGCGGUGGUUACGCAGCUCCUCCUCAACCAUCUCCUUCUUCCGGGUCAAAUUAUGGUGGUUCGAAUACUGGAACUCAUUCAGGAGCUGGUCCAUCUCACCAGCAACAUUCGCAAUCUGCUUCGCCCUACCAACAACAAGCCCCAGUCGCUCCUCCAACCUAUCAACAACCUGCUCCGUCUCACCAGCAGCAGGCCCAUUCGGCUCCUUCUUAUCAGCAACAAGCUCCAGCAACUUCAUCGUACCAGCAGCAAGCACCAUCGGCUCCAUCCUACCAACAGCAAGCCUCAGCCUCUCCAUCCUACCAACAACCUACUCCAUCAGCCCCAUCUCAGCAACAGCAGUAUCCUCCAGCGGCACAGUCGUACCAGCAACAAGCUUCCCCGUCACCAUCAUACCAGCCACAGGCCCCAACGGCUCCAGCUCCAUCAUACGAACAACAGCAGACCCCUGCCGCUCCGUCUUACCAACAACCUUCUCCGGCAGCCCCAACCUACCAACAGCCGACCCAAGCAAGUCCAUCCCACCAGCAACAAACCCCAUCGGCCCCAUCUUAUCAACAACAAUCGGCCCCAGCGGUUCCAUCGUACCAACAACAGGCUACAGCUUCCUCUUCCUACGGUGGGGCUCAACAGCCACCGACCCCGUCUCACCAACAGCAAAAUGAAAUCGCUCCAUCUUACCAGCCACAGCCGACUCCAUUGGUUCCUUCUCACCAGCAGCAGCAUUCAGCUCCUUCCUAUCAACAACAGGCUCCGUCAGCUCCAACCUACCAACCACAGACUCCAACAGCUCCAGCUCCAUCAUAUCAACAACAACAACAGCAGUCUCCAGCCGUCCCAUCUUAUCAACAACCUCCUUCAGCCACCCCAACUCAACAAAAGCCGACCCAAGCGGCUCCAUCCUACCAGCAACAGCAAGUUGCUCCUCCAGCCUAUCAGCAGCAGCAAGCUCCAGCGGCUCCAUCCGGUCUAUUUUAUCAGGAGCAACAGUCGUCAGCGGCCCCAUCGUAUCAGCAACAGGUCGGCCAAGCAGUUUCUUCCAACCAGCAACAACUGGCUCCCGUCCCCUCCUUCUAUGGCCCUUCUUCUCUGUUUGUCUAAGUUCGAAUGCUAAAUAUUUUGACAACAUUUAGCUAAUGUUGGGAGAAGAUUCAAUUUUAUUCAUUCUAGGUGGCUGUGCUAUGUGAGAAUUUUGUUAUUUGCAGAGUUAUAUGAUUCGCAAUUGAAAAAUAGAUUUUAUCAAUUACAUACAAUUACUAACUCCUGAA